AAAAUCACAUCAUGUGACAAUUUCCCAAAAAUAAAAAUCCCUACUGUCAUCUGUCAUUCUAAUGUCACAAACUGGGCGACGUCGGCGGUUCUAAACCUUUAAUUUGUUUCUAAUUAAUUACUUUUCUUCGUUUUUGUGUUAUUUUCCGUGAUGGGGGAACAACAAUUCGACUGUGCCCUCGACUUGAUGCGCCGUCUACCGCCCCAAGAAAUCGAGAAAAACCUCGGCGAUUUGAUCGAUUUAGUGCCCCAUUUAUGCGAAGACUUGUUGUCUUCAGUCGACCAACCAUUGAAAAUCUCCAGAGAUAAAGAGACAGGCCGCGAUUAUUUACUAUGUGAUUAUAAUAGAGACGGGGACUCGUAUCGGUCCCCCUGGUCCAACACCUACUACCCCCCUUUGGACGACGGCUCCAUGCCUUCGGAACGACUACGCAAACUCGAAAUCGACGCCAAUGACGCCUUUGACCAGUACAGGGAAAUGUACUUUGAAGGGGGCGUCUCCUCGGUGUAUUUCUGGGACUUGGAACACGGGUUUGCCGGGGUGAUUUUGAUUAAGAAAACUGGCGAUGGAAGUAAAAAAAUUAAGGGUUGUUGGGACUCAAUUCACGUGGUGGAAGUCCAAGAGAAGAGCUCGGGGAGGACUUCGCACUACAAAAUGACUUCGACUGCCAUGCUGUGGCUUCAGACAAACAAGCCAGGCUCAGGAACGAUGAAUUUAGGGGGGAGUUUGACGAGACAAAUCGAGCAAGAUGCCCCCGUGAAUGAAGCCAACCCCCAUAUUGCCAAUAUUGGACGAAUGGUUGAAGACAUGGAGAACAAAAUCAGGAAUACUUUGAGUGAAAUAUAUUUCAGUAAAACUAAAGAUAUUGUUAAUAGUUUACGUUCAGUGCAACCAUUGUCUGAAAGUAUGCAACAACAAGCGCUGAAACAGGACUUGGCGGCUGCCUUGCAACGCAGACAGAACAAAUCUGAUAAUUGAUACCACGAUUGUGACAUUUAUCAAGAAAAUUGAUUUUUUUAUGAUUUUGUACAUGCACGUAAGAUUAUUUAUUAAUUAUUAAUUGUUCAAAUUCGCUUCAUUGGCUGUCACCCCACUGUGGGGGCCCCCUAUUGUUCAUUCAAUUAGAACAAUUUUUCAAAUAAAUUUUUUUCUUUAAAA